AAUGUUUUCCAAAGCGCACCGGAAAUCGCGUGGGGUUCAUGGGAAUCAAGAUCUUAUGAACUUGUAAAUCGAAGUUAAUCUUCACAUUUGUAUUUUGAAUAAACUGCGAAGACGAUCUAGAUUCUAAAUCGCAAUCACUGUCACACGCUUCUUCUAAACGUGGUUAGUUGAUGUGACGUCUUCCUCAUCAUCCUCAGAGUAGAGAAGAUGCUGAUGUUGAGAAAUGCCUCCACACAGAUACUUAAACAGGUCGUCCGACACAGGACUACAGAUGCCAGUCUGAUCUUGGAGAGAUCUAUAAACCGAGUGCAGCUUCUUGGGCGAGUGGGACAGGACCCCGUCAUGAGACAGGUGGAGGGCAGAAACCCUGUCACCAUCUUCUCCAUGGCAACAAAUGAGAUGUGGCGGUCAGGGGAGGGAGAGCCAACAAGUACAGGAGAUGUCAGCCAGAAAACAACAUGGCACAGAAUUUCAGUAUUCAAACCAGGCCUCAGAGAUGUAGCGUAUCAGUAUGUAAAGAAAGGGUCUCGGAUUCUUGUGGAAGGGAAGCUUGACUAUGGAGAGUACAUGGAUAAAAACAACGUCAGACGACAGGCAACAACUAUUAUCGCAGAUAAUAUUGUGUUUUUAAGUGAAAAUCUGCAAGACCAGUAAUAAAGAUGCCUUCCCAGACUUUAGAAGGCACUUUGACAUGUGAACACAUUUCUAAAGCCAUGCACUUGAUCAGACUCUCUAUGUAUAAGCAGAAAUGUGAAAUUUCCCUUUUUUUUAGGACUUAAAAAGUUAAAAGCAUCAUGUUUAAAGUUAUGUCUAACUGAAUAACUUCCAGUUUGUUGUAAAUGUUCAUAAAUAAAUGUAAUAGUUGGUCAGUAAAGGAUUUGUUAUCAGCGUCACUUGAAAUGUACAAGAUUUGUAAAACACCUGGUUUCAGAAACUUGUCAAGAGUUAACUUUUGAAACUGAGAGAACAGUAGUUUCAUUUCUUCCUUUUGUUUUUCACUCGUUUCCAUUUGUUUGUGCGCACUUUACCCAUCGUGUAUUUUUGAAUCAGUUUUUCAUAGCCUCCAGAAUUUGCACUUUUUAAAUGAGAGUAAGUUCUCUUUUCAAUGGUAUUUAUUUAGAAAUAUGAGUUAAGGCGGUGUUGAGUUU